AUGACAAGUCGAAUCCCCUCCGCGGAGAUCGUCGAUCGUCAUGCUGAGCCGAAAUCCGCCCGAUUGUUUCGCGCUGCUGCCCAUGCAUACAAUCCGGGGGUCUGUUCGGCAACCACUGCAGCAUUCUCCAUACCCGUUCUGCUUAGUGCCAGUGGAAAGAGGAUCCACGCUGCCGUGGGUCGCCCUGGGUCCUAUCCGAUCCUGCAGGGGACGGGUUUUCUAGAAGCUCCCGGACCCGUUUCCACCGUCGGGCACGCCGGACUAUUGCGAGUAGCUGGAAUGCUGUCACAAAUGGCUGUUCCUGUCGACGUUGCAGAAACGGGGACCAGGCUGCACAGAUUCCCCGAUGAUUUUUCUCGGCAGAUGUCGACGCCUGUUGCCGCCGAAGAGUUGCCUUUUAUAAACAAUGCUGCACAGCCGGUAUAA